AUGCGCUGGUGGUGGAUAGUCCUCUCGGGACAGGCCUUGCGUUGCCGAUCUGUGCGACAAGCUCCAGAUGGGGCCGAAGUCGUCAGCGCCUGCUUCUUUGCCUAUGUCCUGAAGCUCGACAUGCCUGGCUCCAACCAUCAUACCAUCCGCGCAUCAGACUUCCAGCGAAAGGCAGCUGGUUUUUAUGAGGAUUCGGGAUUGCCUCCACCUCUUUUGGAGGCAUACUGGAUCCUCGCUCUUCCAGAGCAUUUCCAGGAAGCUGUGCUCAAAGAAUGCCCAGCGAUGGUUGUACUUGCCUACUUGCUUGGCGCGGAAUCCAAAUUGUACACUGAGCCACAAGUAGCUGCAGAGCUUUACGACGUUGGAAUGGGAUUGUUGCAGAGGUUCGAGAUACGGACGCGAAGUUUGAUUCGUGAGUCCUGGCCGAUCGAUGCAGCUCUUGGUAGACUCCGGGCUGCUCAUGAAUCUCUUCAGAGGCUUGGAAGCAAGUCAGUGCCUUCCACUGGCCUAGUCGAUAUAGUCCUGGCAUACUGCAACGAGGACUUGCAAUGGCUGCAGGUGGCCUUGCCGCGAUGGGUGGAAGGGACUGCUCGGCUGUAUGUCUAUGAGAAGUGUGGAACUCCAGCUGUCUUAGGACUAUUGCCAGCGCACAUCCAGGUCUUCCACGAGCAAGUUAUUGAUGGACCUCCAGGUGGCAGGAAAGAUGAAUGCAGCGCUUACUUGACUCAUUUGUCGCGAGCUGCCAUGACCAGAGAUGUCGCCCUUUACACCCUUUUUCUACAGGCGGAUGCUUUGAACCAUGUUUGGCCAUACUACCUUCACUUGGUAAUGCGAUCCAUACAGCUCCGGUCCUUGGAUGUGAGCUUCCUGCACUUGGGCCAAUCACGGAUGGUUGCCUCCACGUCGGAAUGCAAACGAGCGAUUUUUAAACAAGUUAUGGGUGUUGAUCAACAGAAGAUGGCAUCUGGCUACUGUUGCGCCCAAUUUCUCGUCCGGCAGGAUUUGAUCCUGGCACAAGGAGAGUUGUGGUUCCGUGCGCUGAAGGCUAUGGAUGAGCCACUGCCAGCUGGCUGUGAGCAUGUCAGGUGCCAGUUGGUACAUUCGUGA